AUGGCUCGUCGAUCCCAAGGUUCAAGGGGAGGGCCAUACGGAUCCCGUACACUGGCCAGAAUUUGUCGUGGCGGUGGCGCCUGUCAAGACUCAAGGGGGCUCACAAGUGCCCCGUGCGAGACCCAUCCUGAACUUCCCUGGUACUGGGAUUCUCGCAUACAGCCUCUGAAGAGACCUCUGAAGAGACCUCUGAAGAGAUGUAAAGCCAGUCGGUGGCCGCCAGUAUCGGCUGACGAUGACGACGGUAAUGCGAGAAAAUCGCCUGCCGUGAAUCUUGAGCUGAGAGAACCUGGGCCCCCGGAUUCUGCUGGAGCUGGAGCUGGAGCUGGAGCUGGAUCUGCAUCUGGAUCUGUGGUUGACGUUGACGUUGACGGCGACCAUCGUAUCUGUUCUGUAUCCGCCAGCACAACUACUACCUAUCGUACUACUAUCAGCCAAGUCCCAUCAAUCCUCCGUACUUCUGUCGACCACGUCAAUGCGGUGCAGUCUACCGGCAUGAGAUACUACUACCUCCUACAACUACUCUGUACGGAAUUCCGUAGUGCCGGGAUGCAAGCUGCCCCCAGCGCUUCUCGCAAGAGCUGCUCGUUGAGUGUGCCCCGGGUGAGGGCUUUUGUCAAGAGAAUAAAUAGUCUCUCCACAGCCCCCGAACUCUCUUUCGCCCACCCACGGUCCAUGGUCCACGUACGGAGCCCCCUUUCCUUCCGCUCCGUACCCACUGCACCUGGGAGAAGAGUACGGAGACAGAUACCUGAUCUACACUACCCGAAGGCGAGGGUUGGCGACGGCGCUGUUAGCGCAUCAUGGAUAAUGACUAGGGACCCCAACUCCCUGGGCGUAACAGGGGCAUCCGACUCGAGUCGACACGGUAAUGCCUGGCUGGAUGCGCCCAAGGAUCAUGGAGCCGAAAAGACUCGUGGUUGUGUAGCCGAGGGAGAGGCAUGA